AGGUCACAUGCAAGACGCCACUGCCUCUGCCAUGAAGGUCCGAGCGCGAUUGACGAUGCUACAGGAGCACCUCGAGGAACUGCAGGCUUCGGAGACAGCGAGGCAAGAGGACGAGCAGUACGCCCAACGCUGGAUGUUGGAGGUGGUCGCAUGUGCGGCAGAUAGCACCCCGCAUGCAGUCCUGCAGCCGUCUGCCUUUACUGGUAGUACAUACGAUCAUUUCCAUCAGGAGUCGGGUAGUGACCUGGACUUCAAGUUUUCUGACUGUGAGGCAGAUGGCUCUGCUGCGGUCCGUACUUCUCAGGCGGUGCAGCGUUUGCCCUCCAAGGCAAUGCAGAAUCAAAAGCGCCCUCCUCCACCUCCACGCAACUUGCCGGUUGGGACACCAAGUCAGCGAGCACUUUCUUCGGAAACGGAGACCAGCCCAUCCUCACGAGGCGAAGCAAAAAGCUCGCUUGCACCUCUUCCGCCUUGCCCUUUACAGAGGUGAAAAGCACUUCUGGAAGCGGUCAGACAUCGGGCUGAGAGACUGAAAAGUAUCGAGAACUUGAAGUGCUUUGUCUAUUUGCGAACAGCGGCAGCAGCCCG